UGUCCUACUGACUAUAACUCAGCAAGUUAGCUCAGCUAGUUAACCAUAACAUAGAAACCUUAUUCGACCGUAUUCAACAUUACAGGAAAGUGUCAGAAUUUAAAAAAAAAUAGUGGCUUGAGUUGCAGUCGUUUAUCUUCAUCCAUGAGCAGGUUACAGUGUUUGGGGAAAUCCUCCACGGCUCCACAGAAACAGUUGGCAGCAGAAGUUACCUCUGCUCAUGCUGAGACGCACAAACCCAAUGACAACAUGGGAAAAAACAAAGUCACUAAUAAACCUCGCAGGAGUCUUUCAGCCCAGCUGUGUCGUACUGUAAAGGUUUCUUGCCAGGCGACUCAGAAGUCUGGGUUUCCAAGUGGGGACGUGCUGGAAACAGAGGAGUGCUCACCAAAGGAAUCCAUCAAGAUAACACCAAGGGUUGGAGAACACACACAGUCGACUGCAGUGCCUGAUGACGAGCUGAAAAUGAAAGACUUGAGGAAUGUUGAGCCCCCAGACUCAAAAACAACAGGAGGAGCAACACAUUCUCCUCCACCAGCUGAGCCUCUCCAAACACAUACGCCAAAUAGGGAGGAAGACCAGACUGAGGAUGAGGAUGUGGAUGAAGACAUCAAGGCACCAGUGGAGCUGAUAAUGGAGUUCCUCAGAGCUGUGAUGGACAGAGACUUCCAGCUGGCCAGCAAACUGUGUCAGAUGAUUCUCAUCUAUGAACCAGACAAUCCUGAGGCCUCUGAGUUUCUCCCGCUGAUCCAGAGGAAGCUGUUGGAGGAGCAAGAGGCAAAGCAGAAUACUGACGAAGAAGAAGAAGAAGAUGAUGAUGAUGAUGAUGAUGAUGAAGAUGAUGACGUUGAUGACUCUGGAAGCGAUGAGGAAUCAUCUCAGAGUUCAAGCUCCUCCUCUUCAUCUUGCUCCUCCUCCUCACCCUCAGAUGAUGAUGAAGAAGAAAAGCAAGUGAACAGACACAAGCCUUGUCCUCCUUGUCACAUUUCUCCCUGAAUCUAUUGUACCAAAACAACAGAGGCAAUGACAGGCACUCU